AUGAAACACACUGUACCUUCCGAUUCCGCUUCCGCUUCCACCCCGGAGGCCCCACCCAUUGACAGCCCCACCGCAAACGCGAACACAACUCAGAGCGCAAGCGAACAGCUCUUCGCACAUGCUGCCCUCUCAGAAAAGGAGGAAGCAGAGGCCCUCGCACGACAAGCCGCCAUCCUCGCCUCCACCGGGGGUGUGCACGAGAACUGGACAGGCGAGGAAAGGAUGCAGGACGCCGUCCUCCGCAUGCUCGUGGACAAGUACAAGCCCUUCCGCACGGGAAGGGUGAUGUCGGCCGAGGAGAAGAUGAAGAUGAGGGGCGGAGUGCCUUCGAUAGGUUCGAAUCAGGUACCGGACGACAUACGAAUGCAAGAACCUGUGUGGACACCCCCGCUCGCACCGACGACGGGCUCAUGGGCGACUGAACCACUUCUUCCGUCGACGGAGGGACACGAGCCGUGGCAUACGACGUUCAAGGCGCCGUCGCACGUGGCGUCGAGCGUGAAGCUCGCGCAGAUGCCUGCACAACCGUCCCUACCCUCAUCAAAGGCUAGGGGCAUAUCGAGCAUAGAUGACCCGCAGGUGAGGAGAGUGGAAAAGGAGGAAAGGAAGAGGAAAAAAACGGUUGGGAGGCUGACGGAGGCGAGAGAGGCGACGUUGGAUUAUCGGAUGGGGGUUGGGUUCGGGGCGAAAGGCAAAGUUGGUGGGGGUGUGGGUACGGGUAGGAGUCCGGGAGGUGGUGCAAGGCCGAACCCUGUGAGUGUGAAAGGGUGGACGAGCUUGGUCGAAGAACGGAUUGAGCAAGCCCGCCAAGCAGGUCUGUUCAAGACUGUCAAAGGCCGCGGUCAGCCCAUCAUGCGCACCACGGAGGAGUACAAUCCCUUCAUCGCACGUGAAGAAUUCUUGAUGAACCGUAUUGUGCAAAGAAACGGCGCUGUGCCUCCGUGGGUGGAGAUACAAAGCCAACUAGAAUCAGCCGCAUCCUCCUUCCGCGAGAUCCUCGCCCAAUCCUGGACGCGUCGCGCCGUCCGCAUGAUCGUCCUCGCCUAUCCACCUCCCAUCCUGCCCACCCUCACGCUCGAUGAUAUCAAGAGGCAUCGCGACACUGAAUGGGCCCAAAAAGAGCGUGCAUACCAUGAGAGGGCGGUGGAAGAGCUGAAUGGGCUGAUGAGGAAAUAUAAUGGCAUGGCGCCGUAUGCGGUGCGGAGGAGCUAUUAUAUCAGAGAGGUUGAACUAGAGAAGGUGUAUAAGGAGUGUGCGGAGGGCAUUUUGGUCGCACUCAGGGAUAGGAGUGGUGCGGUUAGUGAAGGAGUUGGAGCUGGGAUUGGAGGUGACGGUGGUGGUGGUGGAGGCGUUGGUGUUGGAGAUAGUUCUGGAGGUGCAGCGGGGACCAACCCCCAGCUUUCGCCUGCUGGAGGCGGAGAUUCGCUCGUGGCAUGGCUGCGCGCCAUUUUCCGCCGGCUGUUUGGCAUAAGGACUUAA